CUCUCUCUCUCUCUCUCUGCUGGGUCAGGAUGGAAAGGCUUACACAGGCAGGGGAGGAAACAUGUCAUGAGAGGUGAUGACACAGCCACGGAGACAUAUCCACAUCCUCACUGGCUCCCAAGCUCGCCGCUCGCCUCUGCUUCUGCCCGCCAGUGCCGCUGCUGCUGUCACGGCGUCCCACAGAGGAGAGAGAGAGAGACAGACAGAGAGAGAGAGAGAGCCAAAGAUAGCCUCCAUUCUCUGUCCCCCCACCUCUCUCUCUCUUUCCUCUCUUUUUCACUUUGUUUGUGGAUGAUGGGAUUUUAAUCAUGUGGAAGACAGCUGAGCGGCUCUUCUGGAUUUCGCUGACACUGCGCCUGGUCCCGCCUGGCCUCCUCUGAGCAGGAUGGACACUCUGGAGUCAGAGCUAACCUGCCCAAUCUGCCUGGAGCUUUUUGAAGACCCACUACUGCUCCCCUGUGCCCACAGCCUGUGCUUCGGCUGCGCACACCGCAUCCUCAUCUCUCACUGCGCCACCAACGAACCUGUUCAGAGCAUCGGCGCCUUCCAGUGCCCCACCUGUAGAUAUGUCAUUUCCCUGAGUCCAGAGAGAGGAUUAGAAGGACUUAAGAGAAACGUGACCUUGCAGAACAUUAUCGAUAGAGUUCAGCGAGCCUCAUCUUCAGCUGGGCUCCCAUUACCACUGCCAUUGCCUGCACCCCACAGCGGGCCCAACUCUCCCGGCGAAGAAGGGAGCAACCGAUUGGCGCUGGUCCCCGUCAGCGCCGCCAUGUCAAGCCCAGGUACGCCUCCCGAACCGGUCCAGUGCCAGUUCUGCGAGCAGGACCCGCCGCAGGACGCCGUCAAGACAUGCGUGACGUGCGAGGUGUCGUACUGCGAGGAGUGCCUCAGAGCGACUCACCCGAACAAGAAGCCGUUCACGGGCCACCGGCUCAUCGAGCCAAUGCCGGACUCCCAUCUCAGAGGGCUCCAAUGCCUGGAGCACGAGGAGGAGAAGGUGAACAUGUACUGUGUCAGUGACGAUCAGCUGAUCUGCUCGCUGUGCAAACUGGUCGGAAGGCACAGAGACCACCAGGUGGCAGCGCUGAGCGACCGCUACGAAAAACUCAGGCAAGCCCUGGACUCCAACCUGAGCAAUCUGAUCAAGAGGAACAAUGAGCUGGAGUCGCUUAUGGGGAAACUCAUCCAGACUUGUCAACACGUAGAGGUGAAUGCGUCCCGUCAGGAGAGCAAGCUCCUGGAGGAGUGCGACGUCCUGAUUGACAUUAUUCAGCAGAGGAGGCAGAUCAUUGGCAGCAAGAUCAAAGAGGGGAAGGCGCAGAGGCUUCGGAAGCUCGCCCAGCAGAUCUCCAACUGCAAGCAGUGCAUCGAGAGGUCCUCGGCCCUCAUCACACAGGCCGAUCAGACUCUGAAAGAAACCGAUCACGCUCGUUUCCUCCAGACUGCCAAGAGCAUCAAUGAGAGGGUUUCCAUGGCAACUGCAUCAACCCAAGUGCUGAUCCCUGAGAUCCACCUAACGGACACCUUUGACACUUUUGCCCUGGACUUCGCCAGAGAGAAGAAGUUGCUGGAGAGUCUGGAUUAUCUUACUGCUCCAAAUGCUCCGAGCAUUAGGGAGGAGCUGUGCACGGCUUCCUACGACACCAUCGCCGUCCACUGGACGUCUGAUGAUGAAUUCACGGUGGUGUCCUACGAGCUCCAGUACGCCAUCUUCACCGGACAGUCUAACAUUGCCAGUCUGUGUAACUCGUUGGAGAGCUGGAUGAUUGUUCCCAACAUCAAGCAGAACCACUACACAGUGCACGGUCUGCAGAGCGGCACCAAGUAUAUCUUUGUUGUCAAGGCCAUUAACCAAGCGGGAAGCAGGAGCAGUGAACCGGGGACACUGAAGACCAACAGUCAGCCGUUCAAGCUGGAUCCCAAAUCCGCCCACAAGAAGCUGAAGGUGUCCCACGACAACCUGACAGUGGAGCGGGAUGAAACCACCUCCAAGAAAGGCCACAGCCAGGAGCGUUUCACCAGCCAGAGCAGCUAUGGCGUGGUGGGAAAUGUCUUCAUUGAUAGUGGUCGUCACUACUGGGAGGCUUUAAUUGGAGGGAGCACAUGGUACGCUGUGGGCAUAGCCUACAAAUCAGCCCCCAAGCACGAGUGGAUCGGCAAGAACUCGGCCUCCUGGGUGCUCUGCCGCUGCAACAACUCCUGGGUGGUUCGCCACAACAGCAAAGAGCUUGCCAUCGAGCCCUCGCCCCACCUGCGACGCGUCGGGGUCCUGUUAGACUACGACGCCGGCUACCUGACCUUCUACGAUGCGGUGGGCUCCCAGCACCUGCACACCUUUCACGUCUCCUUCGUCCAGCCAGUGUGCCCUGUUUUCAACGUGUGGAAUAAGUGUCUGACGAUUCUCACUGGCCUACCCAUCCCCGACCAUCUAGAGGGACUGGAUCCCCAAGACUGAAAACUACAAACCGACAAGAAUAAAUCAGCAUAUAACUCGUCUUAAUUAUCUUGAAGCUGCACUGGGAAAUUUGUCAAAUGCUUUGAAUUUUUGGAUAGAGAACAGAAGAGUGUCCCAUUCUUUUUUUUUUUUUAAUCACACAGAUCUACUCUAUUUACCUAAAUUAAAUUCUGGUCAUGUGUACUUCUGACCAAUGAGUGGAAUAUAAAGCUUCUAAACAGCAGCAAGUGUGUACUCACCAGUGUCUGAUUGCUACCAUUUCUGCAAAAUUACCUAUUUUAGUAUGCAAGAAAGAGAUGCCUGGGGUGUUUUGUUUUUUUCAUUUCUCAAAAGUGAUUUCCAGUUGUUUACUAUGAUUCCCAGGAGCAAAUAUAACACUGCUGCAUGUUGUCUUUGACUUUGAAAAGCUUACAGAAAACCAAUUCUAGGCGGAUGACAGUAAGCUUGAGUCGAUCCAGUAGAGACCGGGACAAAUGGACAGAGUUGAGUCAGAAAUUACUACUCUAAGACACUUUGGACCACGAUGGGUAUAUUUUUACCAUUGCAUCUAGGAAACAAGCCACAAAUCAAUUUCUAAUUUUCACCUUAUCAGAUAUAGCACUUUGAAAGUACACCCACACACAUACACCAGCCCAACUUAAUCAAUCCUGGUUGCUGGAAAGAGCAGAAUAAUAGAUGUAUAUUUUGUAAAUCCCCCUUAUCUUUACCCUCAUACAUGAAAAAGGAACCAAAGUAGCCAUUGCUGUCUGUUCAUAUGUCUCGACAGAAAUUUUACAUAAGUUAAUAAAUGCUGAAUUAUUUUUUAAAACGUGACAGAGAGGAAAUAUGCUAAUAUUGAACGCAGGAUUCCCUUAAAAGCUAGACCUUGUUUUUGCACAAUGUUCAUACUUUAUUCAUAGUUUUGUAGCCUAAAAAAAUCAUUUUUGGUGCAAUUAACGUGCAUUGCUAUAUGAGGAAAGUGUUGUGUUCUGUUUGAGUUAUUGUGUUCAUUUCUUUUCGUUUUUUUGCCAGCCGGACAAGUCCUGCCAUUAUGAUUUUAUGUGAUACAUAAUAUGUGAGUUGUGUUACAGUUGUAGCCCCGGGUUAUUAUUGGAGCUAAGGGGUGAAAUGCUCAUUUGGAUGUGAUUUUAUGCUCUCACUUUUCUAUAAAAACAAAACAAAAAAAACAUGGCUGUUUAAUGAGACCUAUUUGUCCCAGAACCAUUUCAACAAAGAGUAUCUUUCCCAUUUUAUCUUUUCAAAAUAUGAAAUUUUACAUUCAUUAUACUUAUUUUGUCAAAACUGCAGCAGAUUGUUUGAAAAAAGGUUGAAUUAUUGAAAUGACAUGCCAUGCACAGGGAGCUGUCCUUGGACUUGUUGCACACCGAUGACGUCAGUAGAGUGCACGUCACUCAUUGGCUGAUUCCCGAUUUGAAUUCUUUGCUAUAGAAAAGGGCGUAAAUGAGACGUAGAAAUUUCUCAAGACAACAAAACAUGGGAUAUAUCCAUAUCCUAUAAUUCUGUUUUGUUCCAUAUGUAACAAUGUUAAACAGUGGCAAAAUGAAGCUCCUUAGUGUAAGAUUUUGUUGUAUUCCUCAAUGUUGCUUUGUUUCUGGUACACUUAAAAAGUAAGGCGACAAAAUCUAGAUCUGUUCUUUAAUUCUGUGUUUCCUUGGCAAUUAAUUGAACUGUAUGUUUUCAUUGUAUCUGAUAUGAAUAUGUAGUGCUUAAUUUAAUGUUUCCAUUUGAACUUUAUGGCCAUGGUGUUACAUGUUCCAUCUCUGUGGACAUUUUCAUGGAAAACAGGAUACGAGUGCUUGCAUCACUGUCGUCUGAGAUAUGUCUAUGAGAAGGUCAAGAAUAAACGUUGUUCCUUUUCACAUUAAAGUG